AUGGGAUUUUUCGAUUAUUUCUUUGGAAAAAAAAAAGAACCUGAAAAAUAAGCUCCACAACCACAAGCAGUCGUUCAAUAGCCAAAAUCCAACAAAUAGAUUGAAGAAGAAGUUUGUUAUAUUUUAUUACAUUAAGAAUUGGAUUUACGCUUCGAUACUUUAAUAUUUGACAUCCCCAAUCUGGAAUAUUACUAUUUCUGAAUUUAUAGAUUAAAACUGCAUCGUCUUUGAUGACGAAGAGGAGAAUAAAUUAGAAUAUUAGGCCUUGUUCAAAAAAUACAAAAAGAUGAUGGCCAAUCUUGUUGACAAUAUGAUGAAUGAGUUAGGCGUAAAAGAAGAGCAAUUUGCUGAGCAAGUGGAAAAGGGAUUAAAGCAUCCUAAGGAAAAACAGGUAUUUGAAAAACUAUUGACAAUCGAUAACUUUUUGGUUUUCAAAACACAAAUGAUCAAGAGAAACAAAGAAUUAGAAUUAGAGGCCUUAAAAGAAAUCGAAAAGUAAGAUCAGAAAAAGUAAAUGAUAUAUCCAAUUCAAUAGAGUUUAAAAAGGAUAAGUUGUGAAUCCCUAAAAUAAUGCCAAUAUCAAGCUACUUGAGAUGGAAGCAGAGAAGGCUGAAUUAGAACAUGCCUUGUAAAUGUCCUUGGCAGUCGAAGAAGAAAAAAAGAAGAUGCUAACCGAGGAGGACAGAUAAUUAUAAGAAGUAUUGAGAUAGAGCUUAGUUGAAUUUUAGUAUUGAUUUUAUUUAUUUCUUAGACAAGGUCUGAAAAAGUAGAGAGAUGCUUUAGAACUAAAAACUAGAGAAUUAAAAAGAGCUAGAGAAGAAUAAGAAUAAAAAGCACAUGAACUUGAAUAAUAAUAAAGAUUGUAAUCACAAUAAUAAUAAUAACCUUAAUAAUAAUUAUAAUAAUAACCAUCAUAAGAAAUUAAAUAAUAAGGUAGUCUAAAUUCAGAUGGAACACCGACUCCAAUUUUAAAAUCUGUAAAAUACACAUCUUAUAUAGGAAUAUCAAUUAAAAAAUAUUUAAAGCCAAAUUUCCCAAGGUCCAACUAUGGCUGAAUUUUAUUAAGUUCAAAAUAACAAUAAUAUUCCCCAACCAGAAAAAGUUGAAUAAGUGCAAAAUUAGAAAGAGUCAAUACCCAUUUUAUAAUCAAAAAAACUUGAUAAGUUAUCACAUAAACCUGUCUUACCAUCAAUCUAGGGUUAGGCUCAACCUGUAAUAUAAUAAGCAGAUUCAGUAAUCUAAUUUGAGAUGGAUGUUGCAGAAGAUGAUGCUGGUGUCAAAAAAUCAGUCAUUGCAAAUUUAGCUUCUCAAAAGACUGCUGAAAUAAAUGUUGAUUAAGUUGAAAGUAUUGAAGAUAGAAAAAGAAGAUUAAUAAAACAAAGAGAAGAAAUUAGAAAGAGAAAAGAAGAAGAAAAUAAAAAGACUUUGGAAUAGUAUAAACAAUAAUAAGCAAAUGUAAGUAUUUUAAAUUAUCUGUUUAGGAUGUCAAUAACAAUAAGGAAGAGGACGCUUUUACGAUCCAAAGAAAAAAUACUUAAGAAGAAUUGUAAAGAAAAAGAGAACUUUUAGAGAAGAAGAAAAACGAAAUUAAAUUGCAGAAGGAAAAAUUGGAAAAAGAAAAACUUUAAAAUUAAGAAGAAGAUAUUGAUUUAUUAUGA